AUGGUGGUUGCUGUUGGUGUACGCUCCGAUGAAUUGCCCGACAUUUUGGGUGAGAGGAGAGAGAGGAUAGACCUGGCUAAACUGAUACCAGAUGAGUUGGAAAGAAUUAUUCGAUUCAGAACUGAAACCUGUUACAGAGAUACAAUAAGAAUAGCAACUCAUCCUGUCACCCAAACACAAAUUAAUGUUCCAAUCCUUAAUGAAGAUAAUCACAAAGAGUGGAAAGAUGCUAUUCUCUUGCAAUUAAGAUUAUUAGAGUUGGAUUACGCUGUUCUCAAUGAGGAACCCCCUGAGUCAAGAAUUUCCAGAAAAAUUCGUUUUUGCUUUGAGGACAUUAAGAAAGCGAAACCCUUGCUCAAAGCUAUCGAUGAUAACUUCAUUGAAUCAAAGAAACUUUUGGCAAUGACUCUAAUCAUGAAGUUGAGAAAUUUGCGUCUUUCCACUGUCAAGGGAACGCGUGAACACAUUAUGCAACUCAGGGACAUUACGGCUCAAUUAAAGGAGUUGGAAAUCAUUCUACCAGAUGAUUAUUUGGUGCUUUUUGCACUUGAUACCCUCCCUCAGGAGUACAAUCCUUUUAAGAUUUCCUACAUCACACAUAAAGAGGACUGGUCUAUCAAUGAGUUGAUAACCAUGUGUGCAAUGGAGGAACAAAGGCUUGUGGCUAAGCUUGGAGAUAUAGGUCCCCGGGUAUACUGA